AUGUCUGUCGAGUUGGACCCCGUCGAGCUCGGAUUCAAGCGCCCGUUCACCCACGAGGUCGCCCAGGUCCUGCGCCUGUACAACAAGAACUCCGACCCUGUAGCCUUCAAGGUCAAGACCACUGCCCCCAAACAGUACUGUGUCCGACCAAACUCUGGUCGCAUUGAGCCUGGUCAAGAUGUCGAAGUCCAAGUCCUGCUGCAAGCAAUGAGAGAAGAUCCCCCACUCGACGCAAAGUGCAGAGACAAGUUCCUUGUCCAAUCUGUCGCCAUUUCGGCCGACAAGGAAUAUCCCAAUGUUUCCCAGAUCUGGUCUCACAUCGAACAAACAGCAAAGUCGUCGAUUCAAGAAAAGAAGAUUCGCGUCGUCUUCUUGCCCCAAGACGGCGCUGCCGACUCUGGUGCCGGUGGCCACAUGGACGACUCGAUCGCUACCUUCAACUCCGCCUCACCCCAACCUCAAACUCCUCAACGAGGCACCGACGUAGGAGCCGUUGGUGCCAUCUCUCGUCCAGAAGAACGCCCUGUUGACAACAAGCACCUCGGAGAUGCUGUCGAGUCAGCCAGAAACCCAGCAACCGAUAGAAACACCACCUACUCCGACUCCUCGACUACCCAAAGCUUCAUGAACUCUAUCCCUACAUCGGCUGAUGACAUCAAAGCCAAGCUCGCAGAAGCUCAAGCUACCAUUGCAAGAAUGAGCCAAGAAAGAGACGACCAGGGACUGCGUCAGCGAAAGACCGAUGCGGUCAACCAAGAUUCAAAGGAAAGAAUCUCGGCUGGAACGACUGGUCUUGGUGUGCAGAAGGCCCCCGCUGGCGGUGUCCCCGUUCAAGUCGUCGCCGGUCUCUGCCUUUUGUGUUUCCUGAUUGCCUACUUCUUCUUCUAG